AUUAACCACGAUUCCAUGAUAGACAUUGUAUGAGUUCAUACUAUACUUCAUCAUUCCAACAUGUCAAUUGAAGAUGAUCAAGAAAAGACCUACAAACAAUUUGCCCAGCUCAUUAACGAGCUUCCAAAAGCAGAUGGAUGGUUCCAACAACAUAUGUAUUUGUACAAAGGCCAAUGGUUGUUUCCCGAUGUCAUAUUGGGUGCCACUCUAAUGCAAAACCACUUCAAGCAUCGGUCUGCCGAUAUCUUCCUAUCUUCCUUCGUGAAGAGUGGCACCACCUGGCUCAAAGCCCUCAUGUUUGCCAUCAUUAACCGCUCCAUCUUUGCUGAUUUUUCUGACUUUUCUGACCACCCGUUGCUUCGUCAGGGACCCCAUAGCUGCGUUCCGGCAUUUGAUGUUUACAUAUCUCAAGACCAUGCUAUGACUAACAUGGACCUCUUGCCUUCACCCCGUCUGUUUGCCUCUCACUUCGCGUAUUCUUUGUUCCCUUCCACCUUUAAAGAUCCUUCAUCAGGGUGCAAGUUUGUUUACGUUUGCAGGGAUCCAAAAGACGUUUUCAUUUCUUUGUUUUACUUCAUGAAAAAUACCAGAUCUAUAGAACUACCUCCCCUUUCGUUUGAUAAAGCUUUUGAGUUGUUUUGUGACGGUGUUUUGGAUUCUGGACCUUACUGGGAUCAUGUGUUGGGAUUUUGGAAAGCUAGUCUUGAAUCUCCAAACAAGAUAUUGUUCUUGAGGUAUGAGGAGCUGAAGAGGGAGCCACAGGUUCAUGUGAAGAGGUUGGCAGAGUUCAUGGGGGUUCCUAUUUCGAUCAAGGAAGAGGAGAAUGGAGUGGUGGAAAAGAUUGUGACACUUUGUAGCUUUGAGCAUCUGAAGAACUUGGAGGUAAACAAAACCGGCAUGACGCAAAUUACCAACAAAUAUGCAAUAAGUAAUCAUGUUUUUUUCCGAAAAGGUGAGAUCGGAGACUGGAAAAAUCAUUUGACAAAAGAGAUGGGAGCGAAAAUUGAUCAAAUCACUCAAGACAAGUUCACAGGUUCCGGUUUGGCACUUUGAUGCCACUCCCAAAUGACAUUGGAUGACCAAUGCUAGUUGAUUUCAAACUUCAAAGAGAUAUAAAUAAGGAUACCAUAUAUAUAUAUAAAAGAUUUACUUAUGUAUAUGAUGAUAUAACUUAUAUGUAAUAUGCCUUUUCUAAUAUCAGCCAGUGUACUAUUUGCAUAAGUUGUUAUAUUAAAUAUGCAGAAUAAACUGUAAUAUUUAUUUUAUAAAGAAGCCAAUUAUCUAUUA